AUGGCGAGUGACUUUGCCAUAGCACAGUUCAAGUACCUGGAGCGACUGCUGCUCGUGCUUGCCCUUCCUCCCUGCCCUCUCCCCGUUCUCCUGCCCCCCUCACAUCCCCCCGCCACCCUCCCCUCUCCCUCCCCCCCAUGGCAGGCGGUGAUGGCGAGUGACUUUGCCAUAGCACAGUUCAAGUACCUGGAGCGACUGCUCGCGGUGAUGGCGAGUGACUUCGCCAUAGCACAGUUCAAGUACCUGGAGCGGUUGCUGCUAGUGCACGGCCACUGGAGCUACAAGCGCAUCGCCAACGCCGUGACCUAUUUCUUCUACAAGAACGUGGCCUUCGGCCUGACCAUCUUCUACUACAACGCGUAUGCGGUGUUCUCCGGGCAGAUAGUGUACAACAGCUGGGCGUGCUCGCUCUACAACGUCUUCUUCACUUCGCUGCCCGUCAUCGGCUACGGGGUGUUGGAGCAGGACCUCUCCGACAAACAGCUGCUCAUGGUGGGUGGGGGGCAUGUGGGGCUGUGUGGGGGUGACCUCUCCGAUAAGCAGCUGCUCAUGGUGAGUGCGGUCUGUGUGGUAAGCUGUGCUCUAUACCCGUGCCCGCUGCCCGUCAUUGGCUACGGUGUGCUGGAGCAGGACCUCUCCGAUAAGCAGCUGCUCAUGUGCUCCCCAUGCCCGCUACCCCUCAUCGGCUAUGGCGUGCUGGAGCAGGACCUCUCCGACAAGCAGCUGCUCAUGGUGAGUGAGUGGGGGCUGUGUGGGGCCGCGUGGGGUGGUGUGGGGCUCAUGACUCACGCCCUGCAUUUCCCUCCACUUCCUCCUGCGUGCCCCCCUUCCCCCCGCCAGUUCCCAGCGCUGUACCAGCAGGGCCCUAAGAACGUGUUCUUCCACUGGACCACCAUCGCCAUGUGGAUCGGCUAUGGGGUCUUCCAAUCCGUGCUGCUCUUCUGGACCUGCCUCGCCGCCGUGCUGCCCCAGGCGUCUCUCCCCUCGGGCAAGCUAUUUGAGAUGAACGGGCUCAGCGCCACACUCAUGACGGGCGUGGUCGUGGCAGUGAAUAUUCAGAUCGCGCUUAUAACGGAGCAUUGGACCUGGAUUACGCACCUCUUCAUCUGGGGUAGCAUCGCGGUUUGGUACUUCUUUCUCGGGGUGUACUCGUAUUUCGGCCCGGAUUGGUCCACGGAUUAUUACUACAUUUUCUCCGAGGUGCUGGCGCCGAGCGCGCUCUACUGGCUCACAGGGCUCCUGCUGCUACCAGUGAUGGCAGUGCUGCCGUAUUUUGUGUUCCGCGGGGUAGAGUCGAGGAUAGCACCGCCGGAUCAGCAGAUAGUGCAGGAAAUAGUGAAGCUUAAGCAGGACGAGGAGGCGGCCAAGGCGGCUGUGGCGCCCCCGCUGGCGCCGGUGGGGUUCACUGCAGCUGUAGAGGCGGGGAUCGUGCGGUUGAAGCAGGACGAGGAGGCGGCCAAGGCGGCUGUGGCGCCGCCGCUGGCGCCGGUUGGGUUUACUGCAGCUGUAGCCGCGGUGAGCAAGCGGUUGAGGAAGGUGGAGAAGAAGCGGCGGAGACGAGGGGAGAAGUGA